AUGAUAUCUCUCCUCCGUCUUUGCAGCUUCCUGGCUGCUGGGUCCAUACUUGUUCAGGGUUCACCCAUCAUUGCUCCCUCUGCACCAACCUGGGAUACUCCCAAUAACUUCACCAGCCCUAGUAACUUCACUAGCAAACCUGGAAACGAAGCAUCCCCAUUCUGGCUCAUCGGACAUCGCGUGCUGACCAAGGGUGGUGUUAGAGCUGCCCUGGGCCAUGGAGCCAACGCUCUCGAGGUGGACAUAACGGGGUGGUGGAAUGGAUGGUACGGCGAUCACGAUGGACUACCUUCGAGCGCAGGCGAUAAGGUGGCGGACUUGUUCGAUGAAAUUGCGUAUCGACGCCGUCAAGGAGCCCAAGUGAGCUUUGUAUGGCUGGACCUUAAGAAUCCCGACUUCAACAAGAAUGGAGUGAACAUCGUUUCUCUGAUGACUCUUUGUCGAGAGAAACUUGAACCAGCCGGAGUGAGAGUUCUGUUUGGGUUUUACAGCUCCCAAACAAGCGGACACGCCUUCAGAUUCGUCAAACAGGUAUUGAACGAGAAUGAGGCCAUUGGUAUUGACGGCAGCUUCGAGCCUGUUGAAAAGGAUUUCGAGAAGAAUGGUAUCCGAGUCGAGAAGCGCGUUUUCUCUUCAGGCCUUUUUAAUCCAGACUUCAAUUUCGGCACUUGUCAAGACCGCGCAAGUGGUGUUUGCACACAACUUCGCGAAGGCAAGGAAUCACACAAAUUUGGCAAAGUUUUUGGUUGGACGGUUUCAUCAUAUACCAGGAAGGAUCAUGUUUACAAGAUGAUGGAAGUCGGUGUUGAUGGCCUUAUCUAUGGGUUUGUUGCUUCCCAUUAUUAUAACCACAAGGAUAUCCGUCAAACAAUCAGAACUAUUCGGGGAUGGCUCGAUGAGCAUAGGGAUACGCACCGCCUUGCGACUAAUGAUGACAAUCCUUGGAGCAUGUCGAGCAGGAAGAGUUCUUGA